AGAGGCGACCAACCAACCAACCGACCGAGCGACCGACCGGCGGAGGAGGAGGAAGGAGGCAAGGCGAAGCACCAGUGAGGAGUUUUUGCUGCGUUUGGGAACCAGCAGGACGAGACUUUUCCUCCUGCCGUAUUGCAACUGUGUGUAGGCUUCCGGCUCCUGUAUAUAACAUAAAACAGAAAAGGACUCCACAUUUUAACGAAUUCCCUUUAAAGUCUCGAACACAACCGUCGUGUGGAAAGUCGUAGGAAACUAAAGGACGGUGGACGGAGAAUGGGAUUUAAAGAAUAUAUCGUCAAGUGCUGAGUUGCUACAAGGAGAUACAAUUAUUACGAAUUAUUACUUGAAAGGCUCCGACUUGGUUACGUUUUUUGGGGGGGACACGGUGAGGACAUGACAUGGGGGAAGCCUUUGAAGAAAUCUGCAAUGAUGACAUUUAGCAGCAAAGCGGAGCAAGGUUAGCAAGCCAGCUAGCUAGCCGAGUUAGCUAAGGCUGCUAACUAAGCCUGUGUCGCCCUUUGCAUUCCCGGAGCAGAGGAGGGGCGCUGGGGGCUUUGUAGCAUUGCGGCUCGGCUUCACAUUUUUUUUUAGCUUCCGGCAGUAAUGGAGAACCCCGAAUGUCUGGCACAUUUACGCAGGGGGAAUUGUUAAACCGCAACGAGAAGACAGUUUUUCAUUUUUUUAAAGGAGCAACGUCAAAAGCAACCGACCCGGGGCAGCUAGGCUAUGUUAUUGGGAGUACUUUUCUCGGUAGGUAGGUAAUGUUAACAUGGGGAGGCCAUUUAUACUCCAAAUGUGUACGUCAAGUGAGCAAACAUGUAUACGAAGUCAGUAAAUCUACUUUAUUUUAGCUAAAAGUUUUUUUUUUAUUUUCGAGGCAAAUUCAAGUUCUUGACAGGCCCACUCGAGUGAACGUGUUCGCUUUUAAAAUAAAAUUCUCAUUAUUAUUAACCCCCACUGGACUGUUCAACCAUGUCUGGAGAGGUGCGUUUGAAGAAGCUGGAAAAACUGAUUCUGGACGGACCCAUUGAGUCCAAUGGCCAGUGUCUCAGCGUGGAAACCCUGCUGGACAUCCUGGUGUGUCUUUACGAUGAGUGCAACAACUCUCCACUCAGAAGAGACAAGAAUAUCCUGGAGUUUUUGGAUUGGGCCAAACCCUUUACAUCCAAAGUGAAGCAGAUGCGCCUGCACAAGGAAGACUUCGAAAUCCUCAAAGUGAUUGGACGGGGAGCUUUUGGAGAGGUCGCAGUUGUCAAAGUGAGAAAUACAGACAAAGUGUUCGCCAUGAAGAUUCUCAACAAGUGGGAAAUGCUGAAGCGAGCAGAGACUGCGUGCUUUCGUGAGGAGCGAGACGUGUUGGUAAACGGAGACUGCCAAUGGAUUACCACCCUCCACUAUGCCUUCCAGGAUGAUAACAAUUUGUACCUCGUCAUGGACUACUACGUGGGCGGUGACCUGCUGACCCUGCUCAGUAAAUUCGAGGACCGGCUGCCCGAGGAUAUGGCCAGAUUCUACCUGGCUGAAAUGGUGCUGGCUAUCGACUCCAUUCAUCAGCUUCACUACGUUCACAGGGAUAUAAAACCUGACAACAUCCUGUUGGAUAGGAAUGGCCACAUCCGCUUGGCUGACUUUGGUUCCUGCCUGAAACUCAUGCAUGAUGGAACAGUUCAGUCGUCCGUCGCUGUGGGAACCCCAGACUAUAUAUCUCCAGAAAUUCUCCAGGCCAUGGAGGACGGGAAGGGGAAGUACGGACCCGAGUGCGACUGGUGGUCCCUGGGCGUAUGCAUGUACGAAAUGCUGUACGGCGAGACUCCCUUCUAUGCCGAGUCCCUCGUCGAAACCUACGGCAAAAUCAUGAACCACUUGGAGCGGUUCCAGUUCCCGCAGCAGAUAACAGAUGUCGUUUCAGAAGAAGCAAAAGAUCUCAUACGUCGACUCAUUUGCAGUCGAGGUUACCGGCUCGGACAGAACGGGAUUGAGGACUUCAAGCAACAUCCCUUUUUUUCUGGCAUCGACUGGGACAAUAUCCGUUCGUGCGAGGCCCCUUAUAUCCCUGAGGUCAGCAGUCCCACGGAUACCUCCAAUUUUGAUGUGGACGAUGAUAGUCUCAAGAACUCGGAGACCAUGCCCCCUCCUUCUCACACUGCCUUUUCUGGACACCACUUACCCUUUGUUGGCUUCACCUACACCAGUAAAUGUACUCUAUCCGAUCGCGGUUGCCUGCGACAACUGUCAGGGGAAGCAAGCAAAGCAGGUCAGGACCAAUUGGAUGUGGACGUCCAGCGCGGUCUGGAGAACAGCCUCGCUGCAGAGGCCUACGAGAGAAGAAUCCACCGCCUGGAGCAGGAGAAACUGGAGCUGAACCGCAAAGUUCAAGAGAUGACCCAGACGGUUCAGGGUCUUCAGCACCCAACGGGUGAAGGACCCUUCACCGCGAACAAGGAAGUGGAGAUCCGGAGUUUGAAGACCGAGAUCGAUAUCCUCAAGAAGCAAAUCGCUGACUCGGGACAUCUGGAAAAGCAGCUUCAAGAUGUGACAUCAGCACAUCGAGAACUAGAGGAAUCAUCCAAACAAGUUAAGAUGUUGGAGAAACAAAUAAAGACUCUCACAAGGGACAAGGAUGAUCUUCUGAAGGACUUUACGGAAGCCACCGAGAAACUAAAGUCUCAGUCAAAGGAUCUCAAAGAAGCUCACAGCCAGAGAAAAAUGGCCAUGCAUGAGUUUUCCGAGCUCAAUGAAAGCCUCUCAGACCUCAGGUCGGAGAAGCAGCAUCUGUCUCGCCAGCUACGUGACAAGGACGAGGAAGUGGAGAGCCUGAAUCAGAAAGUUGAUGCUCUGCGCCUUGAGGUGCGAAAGGCCGAGAAGGCCAGGAAAGAGGUGGCGAGUCAGAUGGAGGAGCAGACGGCGGAGGCUCUGAAGGAGAAGAAGCUGAAAGAUCGGAACGAACAAUACAGCCGACAGCUGGAGGAGGAGCUUCAAGGGCUUAAGUCGAAACGCGUUGGCUCGUCCGCUGCCCCGUCCUCAGCCGACCAGUCACAGGAGAUGGGACGUCUGCGCGGCGACCUGGAGAAGAAGACCCUCCUGUACGAGGAGGAAAUGGCCCGUCGGGACGCCCAACACGGCACGGAGUUAAAGGCCAUGCGUAAAGAGCUCCGUGACGGCGAGAGCCAGCAGCUCGCCUUGCAGAAAGAAAUCCUCAUGCUCAAAGACAAGCUGGAGAAGACUCGAAGAGAGAGUCAAAAUGAGCGGGAGGAGUUUGAGACGGAUUACAAGCAGAAGUAUGAAAGAGAAAGAAUUCUCCUCACUGAUGAAAACAAAAAACUUUCCAGUGAAUUGGAUAAGCUGACGAGCAUGUUCGACAAGGUGAGCGCCUCCAAUCGGCAGCUGGAGGAUGAGAUGAGGGAGCUGGCUGACAAAAAGGAGAGUGUUGCUCACUGGGAGGCCCAGAUCACAGAAAUCAUCCAGUGGGUGAGUGAUGAGAAAGAUGCUCGUGGCUACCUGCAGGCUUUGGCUACCAAGAUGACCGAAGAGCUGGAAGGCCUGAGAAACACCAGCCUGGGAGCAAGAGCCACGGACAUGCCUUGGAAGAUGCGUCGCUUUGCCAAAUUGGACAUGUCGGCCCGCCUGGAGCUUCAGUCGGCGUUGGAUGCCGAGAUCAGGGCCAAGCAGAGCAUUCAGGAUGAGCUGAACAAGGUCAAGGCCAGCAACAUCUCCACGGAAUGUAAACUACAGGAUGUGGAGGCCAAGAAUCAGGAGCUCCUGGCUGAAAUCGACAGGCUGAAGAAAGAGACAGAGGAGCUGCGGCUGCGUAGAGGUGUCAAGCACCAAGAUUCCCAGAAUUCUUUCUUGGCUUUUCUCAAUGCUCCCACCUCCACGCUCGAUCAGUUCGAUGACUCUUAUUCAUCCUCUUCAUCUUCUUUAAUUGAGUUUUGGGAAGACCGCUCGCCGUCCGUCGGCCCAGCUAGCAAAGGCAGACGUGUGGACUCCAUGGAUAAUUUCACCCUCUCCAACACCCCAUCCCGGGAAGACGACCCCAAAUCUCACCUCAAGUCACGUUCGCGUUCCCCCUCCACGGUUAGCGACAUGGAGCCCAUCGAGUUGAUAGAUCAUUCUCCUCGUGCGGUCCAGACGCCAACCAUGCGUUCAGGAGGGUACGGCAGCAUCGGUCGCUCCUCCCCAAAGCCCAAAGCACAUCAGUUUGUCGUGAAGUCAUUCAGCACGCCCACCAAGUGUAACCAGUGCACCUCCCUCAUGGUCGGACUCAUACGCCAAGGCUGCACCUGCGAAGUGUGCAACUUCUCCUGCCAUGUGACCUGUGCGGACAAGGCUCCGGCCGUGUGUCCUGUUCCGCAGGAUCAGACCAAAGGACCGCUGGGUAUCGACACUCAGAGAGGCAUCGGUACGGCGUAUGAAGGGCACGUCAGGGUGCCCAAACCAACGGGGGUGAAGAAGGGCUGGCAGAGGGCAAUGGCGGUGGUCUGCGACUUCAAACUGUUCCUGUACGAGCUGGGUGAAGGAAAGACGACACAGCCGAGUGUAGUUGUCAGCCAAGUCAUAGAUAUGAGGGACGAAGAGUUUUCCGUCAGCUCCGUUCUGGCCUCGGACGUCAUCCACGCCAGCCGCAAAGACAUCCCCAGCAUAUUCAGAGUGACGGCGUCCCAGCUCUCGCCGUCGAGCAGCCACAAGCCCUCCAUCUUGAUUCUGGCCGAGAGCGACCAGGAGAGGAACAAGUGGGUGGGUCUCCUCAAUGAGCUCCACCGCAUCCUCAAGAAGAACAAGCUGAAGGAGCGCUUCGUGUACGUUCCCAAGGAGGCGUACGACAGCACGCUGCCGCUCAUCAAGACCACCCAAUCUGCGGCUAUCAUAGAUCAUGAACGUGUCGCCCUUGGCAACGAGGAGGGCCUUUUCGUCAUCCAUGUCACCAAAGACGAAAUCAUUCGAGUGGGCGACAACAAGAAGGUGCACCACAUCGACCUGAUCCCCCAGGAGCAGCUGCUGGCCGUCAUUUCCGGCAGGAACCGCCACGUGCGCCUCUUCCCGUCGCAGGCCCUCGAUGGCCGAGAGAUCGAGUCCUACAAGCUGGGCGAGACCAAAGGCUGCCAGACCAUCGUCUCCGGUCCCGUGCGAAACGGAUCUCUGACGUGUCUCUGCGUCGCCAUGAAGAGGCAGAUCAUUUGUUACGAGGUCAACAAAAGCAAAGUCCGUCACCGUCGGCUUCGGGAGCUGCAGGCUCCUGGGAUUGUCCAAUGGAUGGGUCUUCUCAACGAGCGUCUCUACGUGGGGUACCAGUCCGGCUUCGCCCGCUACAGCGUGCACGGCGACGUCUCUCCGGUCAUCCUCCUCCACCCCGAGGAUCACACCCUGGCGUUUAUCCCUCAGCAGAACCUGGACGCCCUCUGCGCCGUGGAGAUCUCCAGCAAGGAGUUGCUGCUGUGCUUCAGCGCCAUCGGAGUCUACGUGGACUCUCAGGGUCGGAGGUCGCGACAGCAGGAGCUCAUGUGGCCCGCUGUACCCAAUGCUGCCUGCUACAAUGCUCCCUACCUGUCGGUGUACAGUGAGAACGCAGUGGAUGUGUUUGAUGUCAACACCAUGGAGUGGAUUCAGACCAUCCCACUGAAGAAGGUGCGACCUUUGAAUGUCGACGGUUCUCUGAACCUGCUGGGGCUGGAAACGGUGCGGCUCAUCUAUUUUAGGAACAAAACAGCCGAGGGCGACGAGCUGGUCGUCCCGGAGACGUCAGACAACAGCAGGAAGCAGAUGGUUCGCAGCAUGAACAGCAAGAGACGCUUCUCCUUCAGGGUGCCAGAAGAAGAGCGACUUCAGCAGAGGAGAGAGAUGCUGCGAGAUCCGGAGAUGAGGAACAAGCUGAUCUCCAACCCGACAAACUUUAACCACGUGGCUCACAUGGGACCAGGGGACGGGAUCCAGAUCCUUAAAGACCUCCCAAUGGUAAGUCCACCCAGAGACGUGUGUGUGUGUGUGUGUGUGUGUGCGCCCACCUCACGUCCUUGCGUGUGUGUGUGUUACCUUCAGAAUGUACGCAUCCAGGAGAGCCGUGCGGGCUUCAGCGGCUCCGUCAGCAUCCCCUCCAUCACCAAGAACCGGGCCGAGCCGGGCCGGUCCAUGAGCGCCAGCAGCGGACUGGGCAUACGCCCGUCCUCCCAGAACGGCAGCGCGCUGCGCCGGGAGCUGUCGGGCGGGAGCUACGGAUCCAAACGCCAGGCGAUGACCUCGCCCUCGGAGAGCUCCCUGUCCUCAGGGGGGGGCAUGGACUGCGGCGACGCCCCCCUCUCCCAGUUUGACAGAGAGGACUCGGACUCCCCCCGGCACUCCACGGCCUCCAACAGCUCCACCUUCAGCAGCCCCCCCAGCCCCGCCUCCCCCCACAAGACCAAGUCCUUGUCCCUGGAGAGCACGGACCGCAUGGCCUGGGACACAUGAGCACACACAAGACCACCAGUACGCUUCUUCUUCAGUCUUCUUCUUCAGUCCCCCCCCCCCCCCCCCCCAAAGAACUGCACCCCACCUUCCCCCCCUUUAUAUUCACCUUGACAUGUCUGCUCGUGUGUACGGGACUCAGGGCGGAACCACACGAGAGACUGUCUUCUAUGUGUUGAACGCCCCCCCCCCCCCCCCCCCCCCGUCCGCCCCUCCCUCCCUAAACCACCCACCCCAGCCCCCUCAUUCAGAUGCAAAGAAAAGCUUAAAAAAAAGAUUUGUACUUGUACAUAGGAGCCUUUCGGGUUUUAGGGGACAAUAUUUUAAUUUAUUUAUCGUAGACGAGGAACGUUAGGUUUGCUUGGUGGCCCGCAGCAGACGGGUGGUGCUUAAAGAGCUCCUCCCCAACCCCACGCCCCCCCCCCCCCCCCCCCUCUUAAACAAAGUGUCACACUUUUGCUAACAGGAACAUCAUCAUCAUCAUCAUCAUUCUCAUUGGUCUCAGUGGAAGCGACGUCAUCGCAGCGCUCCUUUUCUAGCGUAGACCACAAUAAUGUAUAUACGUAGAGUAAUAUAUGAUAAGGAAAUACUAUAGAGAACUACACGGGGGAAGACAGACUACUUUGGAUUUUACUUUAUUUGUUCACUCAGUCGGGGUUUUAUUCACGUGGAAUUUUGGAAACCUUUUUUUAAUUAUUUUUAUGAUUGAUUUUAGAUUUUUUUUUUUUUUUUUUACUUUGACACUUUCCACCCCCCCCCCCACCCCGUUACUUCCUGUAUGGUUCACAUUUGGGACACACACACACACCGAGGUGAUGUUUUUUUACGCUGCGAUCAUGUUUGGUAAACAAGACGUUCCUGCUUCUGUCAAAGAUGUUGGAAAGUUAGGAUGAUCUGCUCGUUUAAAAAAAAAAAAGAAUGUCAACACUAAGGUUUCUUUAAUUGGUAAUUUUUCAUAGCCCUGCACAAUAACAAAAGAAACCCAGUUUAUCGUGUUUUUUUUUUUUGUCCUUAAAACACUACCGCAGUACUACACUACUACAGUACACGACGAGUACACGUGUUACUGAGCUGACACUAAUUCCGUUUUUUUCUUUUUUUAAAUGAAAAAUCAGCAAGUAAGCAGACUUUCAAAUUUAGCUUUGACGUGUGGAAUGUAUUCUCUCAUUGAAAGGACGGUUAGCAGUACGACCCCCCCCCCCCAACUCCACCCCCCAUGGCAGAAAAUUCAACAAAACAAAUUGCCUUUGCAUUUCAGUGAGUUCUUAUCCCCCGAUUCCUUCUCUAUUAUUUUUUUGCUUUCAUAUCAUAACACUUUGGCGUUUUCUAGGUUUGCUUUGUAAUAAUUUGUACAGUUUUGCAUGUUCUAGAUGUAAUCAUUUGGGUUUUUUUGUUUUGUUUUUGGUUUCUUUUUUUUUUGUUUGUUUUUUUCUUUCUCCUUUGAACGGUUUGGGUGUUUUACCGAGGAUAACCCACUACAGGUGAUGUAGAUUGUUUUUGCACAAAAAAAAUAUUUAAGGUCAAAAGAAAAAUGUAUGGAAAGCGGCUGCCACGCCAAUGCGGACCACUCAUAUUUACCCGACUCCGAUGUAUUUCAAUAAAGCGGAGGGCUGUUACCAAC